AUGGGUAGCCGCGACGAGUUUAACCUUCCUAUGGUUGAUAUGUCACUGUUCAUUAGUGGCAAUCGCUUGGAACGAAGUCGAUUUGCUGAUCAGCUCCGAGACUCACUGGUAAAGCAUGGGUUUGUCAAGGUUAUCAACCAUGGCAUAUCAGACUCUGAGGUAGAAGAAGUCUUUGAUUGGUCCGAGAAGUUCUUCCAGCUUCCUAUCGACGUCAAGAAUCAAAUCGUUCAUCUGCCUAGUUCGAAUCCACAAAGAGGAUGGAGCAAGGUCGGAUCCGAGAGCACGGCCAAGUUGUUUGGUGCACUAUCCAAGAGUGGGGAGAAAAUAGACAAGACGGAUCUGAAGGAACAUUUCGAUAUCGGCGCAGUGAAUGAGUCUGCAUUUCCCAACAAAUGGGUCAGUGAGUCUCAUAUGCCUGGCUUUCGAUCCUUUCUGGAAGACUUCUACGAAAGAUGCCAUGUCAUAAGCAUGCAAUUGCUAGAGGCUCUGGCUAUUUCUUUGGCACAGCCCGCUGGUACAUUCACAGACAUGUGCGAGCAGAAGGCAAAUGAACUGCGCUUAAUCCACUACCCUCCUACCAAGCAUUCGAGCACAGCCUCGGAUCUCAACAGAGUAUGGCCACAUACAGACUUGGGAAUCAUCACGUGUCUCUUCCAGGACAAUGUUGGAGGGCUGGAAAUCGAGGACAGAGACAGAAGAAUAUUUCAACCAGUCAUUCCGGGAAGACGCAGCGAACUCAUUGUAAACAUCAGUGAGACUAUGCAUAGAUGGUCCAACGGAAAGAUCCCGGCUGGUAUUCACCAAGUCACGCUGCCCUCAGGGUAUGUCAGCAAGUCUAUUACUGACAAUGAGAUCGCCGUACCUGAACGAUACUCUAUUCCCUAUUUUGUGAAGGCCGACCAAAAUGCUCACGUCGGUCCUUUGUCUCACUUUGUAGACGACUCAUCCCCUCCAAAAUUUCCCAAUAUGACAGCAUUAGAGUUCCAGAUGCAGCGCCUGUCACAGGCAUACUAA